UGUGCUUUGCGUCGGAUCGUUCCCCGAUUGUUUCGUGGGGAACGACGGGGACAUGACGCAUUAAAAUUGUCUAGCAUUUCGUCUUUGUCCACCAUGUCAAUGCCUUUAAGAAACAAAGACUUUAUUGCUGCCGGCAAAUACAAAGCCAUUCGUAAAAUUGGAAGUGGAUCCUUCGGUGAAAUCUACACAGGCAUCAACACCACAAAUGGGGAGGAAGUCGCUCUGAAGCUAGAGCCAAUCAAUGCACGGCAUCCACAGCUGCUGUAUGAAAGCAAGCUGUAUAAAAUCUUGCAAGGUGGCAUUGGCAUCCCACAUUUCAGAUGGUUCGGCAGGGAAGGCGAGUACUGGGUGCUGGUGAUGGACCUGCUGGGGCCAUCUCUUGAGGAUCUCUUCAAUUUCUGCUCACGCCAGUUCACGGUGAAGACGGUGCUGAUGUUGGCAGACCAGAUGGUUGGACGGGUGGAGUACAUUCAUAGCAAAAACUUCAUCCAUCGGGACAUCAAGCCAGACAACUUCCUCAUGGGAAUUGGCCGCCACUGCAACAAGCUUUUUGUCAUAGACUUCGGACUGGCCAAAAAGUUUCGAGAUAGUCGCACGCGCGUGCACAUCCCGUACAGAGAGGACAAGAACCUGACGGGCACGGCCCGGUACGCCAGCAUCAACGCCCACCUGGGCAUCGAGCAGAGCCGGAGGGAUGACAUGGAGUCCUUGGGAUAUGUGCUGGUGUACUUCCGGAAAGGCAGUCUGCCCUGGCAGGGGCUGAAGGCGGUCAACAAGAAGCAGAAGUACGAGCGCAUCAGCGAGAAGAAGAUGUCGACCCCACUCGAGGUGCUGUGCAAGGGCUGUCCGGGCGAGUUCGCCAUGUAUCUCAACUACUGCCGCGGCCUGCGCUUCGAGGAGGCGCCCGACUAUAUGUACCUGCGCCAGCUGUUCCGCAUCUUGUUCCGCACGCUAAACCACCAGUACGACUACACCUUCGACUGGACCAUCCUGAAGCAGAACGGCAUUGCCGCCCACGCCACCGGCCAGCCCCAACGUGGCCGUUGA